AUGACGGUGGUGCUCGCGGCACGGGAUCACAGAUUCGAUCUCGUUCAAAUCGACAAAGCCGUACACGAACCGCCGACAAUCGUCGUCGUCGUCAUGCAGUAUCUAAUCUUGGCUUUUGCCAUCUUCGGCUGCGUCUUCGGACAAUUUGGAUCGUACCGCGGCUUUCCCAGCCAAAAUGCAUAUAGACCAACGCCGAGGCCCUAUCAGCCGCAGCCGCAGCCGCAACCGCAAUACACGCAACCGCAAUACACGUCUGCCGCAAAGCCGUUCAUAGGCAUUCGAAGCCAGCACAAGGAUACAUCACCGGACGGAUCUUACACCUUCGGCUAUGAAACCGAGAACGGAAUUUCAGUCUCUGAAAGGGGAUACCCUCAAGCUGGGCCUCAGGGUCAAACGGAGGUGGUCCAGGGCAGCUAUUCUUACCAAGCGCCCGACGGAACCCCGAUCACCAUUCAGUAUACGGCCGAUGAGAAUGGUUUCCACGCUGAGGGUGCCCACCUUCCCACACCGCCCCCCAUCCCGGAAGCUAUCAGAAGAGCGCUCGCGGCAAAUCCGCCUGGGCCCGAUGACGAAAAGUACGACCGACAACCCUUCCAGCAGAGAUUCGGCGGACAGACGUACAAUCCCAAUCCAUUCCGAAGAUUCUAGUUUCACCGUAUGAGAUCCGCAAAAUCCUCCACGACCAGCACGGUCCAACGAACUCGUUGGAGGGAGGCUCGGCUAGAUAUCGAUACAUGUGACGGCUUUGAGUCAUUUUUUUCCCUCCCCAGCCUCUAAUGCGAAGUGAUACGUGUACAUAGGACACAGUAUGGUGGAUAACAAAACAGUAUCGAUCCCUAUAUAAGAAAUAUAACUGCCGUUACGCAAUAAAUCAAUAUACAUAUUGUUUCUA